AUGCGCUGGUCUGCAAACAAUUCAACUGUUCCUUCUGAUGUUGCUACAACCAAUGAUCUAUUUCAAUCAAAUACAUGUACAACUUUGCCUCUAACAAUUCCUCAUCAAAAUGAUUCACAAAUGAUACAUCAGCUCCGUCCAUGCGAUUUAGUAUCUCUUGCACAUUUUUCAACGCUUUCACUUCAUCCCAACAGCAGAUCAAGCAAAUCAACAUUCUCUUCCUUUGGAGCAAAAAAGAAGCCCACUCCCGUACCAGAGAAUCUUAAAGACGCGGCGUAUCGUGAGCGUCGUCUGAGGAAUAAUGAAUCAGCUAGAAAAUCUAGAGAAUUGCGACGUCAGAAAGAGGAAUGUACGCAAAUACGAUGUUGUCAACUUGCUCAUGAAAAUCAUAUUUUACGAACUGAGCUGUCACUUCUACGUGCUCAAAUUGAACAAUUCCGACAAAUACUGUCCUCUAUAUCGCAGAAUUCACAAACAAACAUCAUCAUUCCGUACAAUCCCACUGCUAGUUUUUAA